AUGAUCGCUUUGCGAGCACGCGUCUUGUUCAAGCCAAUUUCUUGCGUUUUGCGCCAAUCCACCACAACCAGCUUCUACGCCACGAUGGCUCCUCGUAAAGCGCCUGCGAAGCGCAAGGCUGCAUCCUCUCCACAGCCAGAUGCAAUCGACAGCAAGAAGGCCAAGACGGAGACCAAGAGCUCAAAGGCCAAUGGCUCGCGCCAGUAUCACCCAAUGGCCGACGAGGCCGAGAGAAACGGGAUCGUCAUCCGAAAGUACUACCCUCCUGAGAUGAGCAACCAGCGCGCUCGCGCAUACACCACUGGAGACAUUCCGCGCCCUAUCGAGGAUCUUCAGGCUGCCCUGGAGGAGACGGCGGACGAGCGGAGGGGCGUCAAGGUGAAGAAUGCCGUGGUUCACUGGUUCAAGAUGGACCUGAGGCAUACAGACAACAAAGCGCUGGCGCUCGCAAGCGAAAAGGCCAAAGAGGCUGGCGUCCCCUUGAUUGGCAUGUACCUCGUUAGCCCACAAGACUACGAGGCGCAUCUGCGCUCGCCCCCUAGGGUUGACUUUAUGCUCAGAACCCUCGAGGUACUCAAGGCCGAUCUUGCCAAGCUCGACAUUCCGCUCCAUGUCGAGACGGUGGAGCAGCGCAAGAAGAUCCCGGAUCGGAUCCUAGAGCUGCUCGAGGAAUGGGGCGCCAACCAUUUAUACGCCAAUAUGGAGUACGAGGUGGAUGAGCUACGUCGCGAGACGCACCUGGUGCGCGAUCUCUCCGAGAACGGGAAAGCUUUUGAGGUGGUCCACGAUACCUGCAUUGUUCCUCCUGGAGAGCUCACGAGUGGCUCUGGCAAGCAGUACGCCGUGUACUCGCCUUGGUUCAGGGCUUGGGUCGCACACAUCCACGAGAACCUCGAUCUUUUGGAGUUAUUCGAUCCCCCAAGCAAGAAUCCAGAUGUUGCUCGCAAGCAGUUCGCGAAGCUCUUUGACUGUCCCAUACCAGACCUGCCCGAGAACAAGUCACUCGACGACGAGGAAAAGAAGCGGUAUCGCUCGUUCUGGCCUUGUGGUGAGCAUGAAGCCCUCAAGAGGUUAGACAAGUUCUGCGAAGAAAAGAUCUCGGGAUACGCAGCCGGGAGGAACAUCCCAGCCGGCAAUGGCGUGUCGAAUAUAUCGGUGCACCUGGCGGCCGGCACUCUGAGCGCGAGGACGGCCGUUAGGACGGCGCGGGACCGCAACAAGACGAAGAAGCUGAACGGGGGCAAUGAGGGCAUCGCAACUUGGAUCAGCGAGGUUGCGUGGAGAGACUUCUACAAACAUGUGCUAGCCACCGCACCUCACGUCUGCAUGAACAAGCCGUACAAGCCGGAGUACUCCAACAUUCAAUGGUCGUACGACCAGGCCCACUUCAAAGCGUGGUGUGAAGGCAAGACCGGCUUCCCCAUUGUCGACGCGGCGAUGCGCCAGCUCAAUCACAUUGGGUACAUGCAUAAUCGCUGCCGCAUGAUCGUGGCAUCAUUUCUGGCCAAAGACCUCUUGAUCGAUUGGCGCAUGGGCGAGCGGUACUUUAUGGAGCACCUGAUUGAUGGCGAUUUCGCGAGUAACAAUGGCGGCUGGGGUUUCAGUGCCAGUGUCGGUGUCGACCCCCAGCCAUACUUCCGCAUCUUCAAUCCCCUCUUGCAGAGCGAGAAAUUCGAUCCGGAUGGGGAGUACAUUCGCAAGUGGCUGCCAGAGCUGAAGGAUGUGAAGGGGAAGGCUAUCCAUGAGCCCUACGGCCGGGGCGCUGGCGGCAUCGCCAAGAAGAAUGGAUAUCCCGAACCGAUUGUAGAGCACAAGAACGUUCGUGAGAGGGCCCUGAGCGCGUACAAGGAAGGUCUGGCUGUUGAGAAGUAG